AUGGUAUUUACAAGAACGAGGUCCGAAGAAGAUUCUAGAGUAUCGACAAAUCAGUUGGAUAAUAUUUGUAAACAUAAAGAGGCGGCCAUGGCUAGAUUGAAUACCGAAGGAACCAUCGUUACUACUGCUAUGGAACACGACGUGGAGAGAAAAGCCAUCAAAAGUGUAUGUGGCAGGGCUAAAACAAUACAAUCAGCAUGGGAGGUAGGUGUUGGUCCUGUGUUAAGGAAAAAAGAUAAUUGGAUGAAAUCGGCAGUCGAAUCUUCUCAACGAGAUUCAACUGAGAACGAAGAUUUGAGAAAUGAGGUUACUGAACUCAAGGAGGAAUUGAAACAGAGUAACGAAAAAUACGAAAGAGUGACAGAGUUCUUGAGCCGAAAAUAUCCAGAUUUCGAAAGCACGAUAUCUACAAAUGAUGCUGGUGAAGAUGAUGGUUUGAAUGGACUACACAACGAAAGUGACAACACUAUCUAGGCAGUUAGUUAAGACGUUUAUUACUUUUUUUUUCUCUAAUACUCUUCU